AUGGAGGACCCGGCUCGUGUAUUAUUUCAGUCGAGGCCGGUCACGUUGGCGAUGUGGCUGAUGCUAUUAACCGCUGCAUUCUCGCUAGUGAAGAGGGCCCAGCGAGCAUAUUUCACACCACUGUCAACUGUUCCGGGCCCAUGGUUCGCAAAGUUCAGUUCAGCGAUCUUGAUUUUACACUCCCUUCGAGGACAACGAGUGCAAUACAUCCACGCAUUGCAUCAAAGCUAUGGUCCCGUUGUCCGCAUUGGCCCCGAAGAGGUCGAUGUCGCCGAUUUGCAAGGCUAUCAUACCAUUCAUAAAAUUGGGAACGGUUUCCAAAAGAGUCAAUGGUAUCCCCGAUUCCGUACGGCUUACGAACAUCAAGACGUCUUCUCUGAGACCGACCCGAAGAAUCACGGCAUCCGGAGAAAGAUGCUGUCCCGACCAUUCUCCAAAUCAAACCUGACCCAGAACUGGGCAGCCUUGGUGAAUGAGAGAGCUCAAGUUGCGGUUCAAAAGAUCAAAGGAAAGGCCGAAGCCGGGAUUUGCAACGUCUUCGAAUGGUGGCAUUACAUGGCCAUCGAUAUCAUUGGCAAAGUCUCCUUUGGUGAGUCUUUCGGCAUGCUAGAGCUGGGCCAGAAAACGGAGUUUAUCCAAACGUUGGAAAAGUUCACCGUCAUUGCCAUCCUCCGAUCUGAGUUCCCGGCGCUUUAUAAAAUUAUCUGCCUGAUACCAAAUUUCAUAUACGACAUCAAUUGGGGCGAGAAGCUCAUCGUUCGGCAAGGCACACAAAUCUUGACCCGCGCCAAGGAAGGCUCGCUGGAUCGGACGAACAUCUUCACAGGUCACAUUGUGGCAGACGAGACAGGCGAAAGUGGGAUCUCAGCUGACAGCAUGGUUGUUGAAGCCACUGGCUUGAUUGGAGCUGGUGGCGGCACAGCAAGUGUCACGUUGACGUAUCUUGUCUGGGCUGUUUUGCAGAACCCAAGAAUCCAGAAAAGACUAGAAGACGAAGUGGCCGCGUUACCAGACGACUUUAAUGACUCUGACCUUGAAGAGCUUCGCUUUAUGAAUGCAGUCCUCGAAGAAACGUUGAGACUCUAUGGUCCAAUCCCGGGGGCUUUGCAGCGCGUUACUCCCAAGGAAGGCCUGCACCUCUCUGGCCACUUUAUCCCUGCUGGGACUACCGUAUGCACUCAGUCAUUCAGCAUGCAUCGGAUUCCUCAAAUCUUUUCUAACCCAGAAAGUUUCGAGCCGGACAGAUUUCUCCAGGACAAAUAUACGAGUCCGGAGCAGAAAUCCGCCUUCGCGGCUUUUGGUGCCGGCGCACGCGUAUGCUUAGGCAUACAUCUUGCAUAUAUGGAGAUGCGCAGAGCGACUGCUUUAUUCUUUAGGGAGUGUGCCGGCGCACGACUUGCGCUCAACGCACGGGACGAUAUGGAUAUGGUGAAUUUUUUCGGUGGAGCGCCUAAAGGUCAAAGCUGCAAUAUUACAAUUAGAAAAUCUGAUUCGCAAUGA